CUGGAACUCGCUUUGUAGACCAGGCUGGCCUCGAACUCACAGAGAUCCGCCUGCCUCUGCCUCCCGAGUGCUGGGAUUAAAGGCGGUGCGCUCACCCAUUCUCCUGACCAUAUUGGACAAUGUAGAAACGAAGCUACUGAAAACGGUGAUUUCCUCCUCCUCGCUCCCGGACCACAGCCCCAGCUACUAGGUACCUCUCUCCUGUGUCCCUUUGCUUGGCUAACAAAUGUAAAAUGGCCUUGUCUAUGAAGUACAAAGGAACCUUGCAAGUGGUGGCCAACUGAUGGAGGCGUUUUGGGACAGUCCCCAGAAGGAAACUCCUCACACUUGACUGUGCCCAAGGUCUCCAGGGAUCUGGUUUAAAAUUCACAUUGUUCCUCAGUAGGUCUAGGGUGGAGCUGUGCUGCCUGCAAGUCUCCUAAGCUCCCAGGCAAUGCCUUGGCUGCUGUGGACCACACUGCGGCCUAAUGAGCAGCAAGGGAAUGCAGGCUCUCUAUGCAAAACACUGACUUCCAGAAUCCCACUUAGCAGCCAUGCAUCUGAGGGACCGGCCCCUUUUGAUUCAGGGUUCCUUGAAAGCAGAUACUGGGUCUUAAUACACAUUUUUGUUGUUGUUGUUUUGUUUUGUUUCUUGGCUGGCUGGCACUUGGCACGGAGCCCACACAUGGUGGGCAUGUAUUUAUUUAAUUAAACAAAGUUGGCUUUGAUCCAAACAUGAUUUUAAGUAGACUUAACCCCUAGUAGGCCCUAGAUCACCACGGGAUAAAACCGACAGGGAAGAAGUCUGAGUUAGAGAUCCUUCCCGAUAAAGGUCCCCUUUUAUCUGCACCUGGAGGAUACCUUCGAUUGCUCUUUGGAAAUUUCACUCCCGUCACAUUUUAAACGCGGUUUACAUUAGAGAGCCAAAGGAAGAGAGGUGGGCAAAUAAACCCAAACCAGAAAGUCCUGAGAAGCCUUAAAGUUGCAAAACAUCAAAAGCUCCCAACUGUUGGGGGUGGAGCCUCAGAAAUGCCAGGUUUCUCCCUUUGCCAGAUUACCAGCGUUUCGUAGGUCGGUGUUGCGCCCCCGCUACACAGGUCCCUAGUUAGCCCGGAGAGCCCUGCAGAAACCGGUCCCGGCGGGCAUCGGUUGGCUUGGUGCAAGCCUGUUUGUUAGCGCUGAGCGAGCAAUUAAGCUGCUUGUGCAGUAGCGACCUAGGGGUGGUGGUGGUGACCGCCUGGGUCGCUCGGGGGACUCGUGGGGAGCCGGGACCGAGCGAGAGCGCUAUAGAAACCCUGGCUUUGAGAGUCGGUGGCAAUGCCGUAACCUGUUCCUCCCUGCAGAUGCUGAGGACUCAUUUCGGCUCCCCAGGGUCAGAGAGAGAGAAAAGGGGGGUCAAGGAAAGGGGAUUAUAUUGGUCAGCGCUUGGGCCUUCCCCUGGGAAAGAGAGAACCGCAAGGGGAGAGCGCCCUAGGGGAGGUGUACACGUGCAGGAGAGGGAGGGUGAGAGGCAGGCGGGCGGGCGGACAGGAGGGGAGGAGUAGGGAGGCGAGAGCAGCUUGCGGGAGGCGCCACGGCCUCGCAGACGCAGGCGCCGGCCGCCGAAGAGCCAGAGAGAAAGUUCCCGGGGACAGUUGACCCGCGGGAGGGCCCAAGCUGCUGCGGCUGGCGAGACGGUCUCGAGUCCCGCGUGUGUAGCGCGCCGUUUGCCUGCACGCACUUGACUGCCUUCCGAGAAACAGUGGAGCCUCGCGGGCGGGCAGCCGGGGCGGCCGCGACUAAACUUGGACAAGGAGGAUGCUGCGAGUGGGCGCGGCGGCGCAGGGCGCGGGGGCGCUCACCAAGCUCUGAUCGCUCCCGGCGGGCUCCAGCGCGCCGAGGCGCAGUAGGCAGGUAGUGACUCCAAGCGCCCGGACUGCGCCAAACCUACCAGCCAAGGCCGCCAGCGCCACCGUGCAGGCAUCGUCUCCUCGCCACGGAGUCAUGGUGCGCGUAGCGCGCACACCCUGCACGGAACUCUGAGCUCCGGCCGUGCAGUGCGCCUCCUCCACCGGUAUCCCCAUCCGAGCUUCCCGCGCCUGCCUUGCUCGCGGACUAUGACGCUAUCGCCUGGAGCCCCUUGCUUCUGAGCUGCUCAUCAUCCCGCUGCAGCCCCAGCGCCGCUGGACCACCGACAGCGCUCUGACCAUUCAAACUCGGGAUCUUCUCCCAGGGACGCCGGGCGCACUGAGAUGGCGCUCCGCGGACCCCUCCGGCCGCGCAAAGUUCGCAGGAGGCGAGAGAUGCUGCCGCAGCAAGUUGGCUUCGUGUGCGCUGUGCUGGCUCUGGUGUGCUGUGCGUGCAGCCUCUUCGGAAGCUUGGGCCACAAAACAGCUUCUGCCAGCAAACGUGUUCUGCCAGACACGUGGCGAAAUAGAAAGUUGAUGGCACCGAUAAAUGGAACUCCGCCGGCUAAGAACUGCACAGAUCCUGCGAUUCACGAGUUCCCCACAGACCUGUUCUCCAACAAAGAGCGACAGCAUGGCGCUGUCCUGCUACACAUCCUCGGUGCCCUCUACAUGUUCUACGCCCUGGCCAUCGUGUGUGAUGACUUCUUUGUCCCAUCCCUAGAGAAGAUCUGUGAGAAACUUCAUCUGAGUGAAGAUGUGGCUGGUGCCACCUUCAUGGCUGCAGGAAGCUCGACACCAGAACUGUUUGCUUCUGUCAUUGGUGUGUUCAUUACCCACGGAGAUGUCGGUGUGGGGACUAUUGUGGGCUCUGCUGUGUUCAACAUCCUAUGUAUCAUUGGAGUGUGUGGACUCUUUGCUGGACAGGUGGUGCGGUUGACAUGGUGGGCUGUGUGCCGUGACUCUGUGUAUUACACACUCUCUGUCGUCGUGCUCAUAGCGUUCAUAUACGAUGAAGAAAUUGUGUGGUGGGAAGGCCUGGUGCUCAUCAUCUUGUAUGUGUUUUAUAUUCUUAUCAUGAAAUACAAUAUGAAGAUGCAGACGUUUUUCACAACCAAACAAAAGAGCAUUGCAAAUGGUAACCCAGUCAGCAGCGAGCUGGAAGAUGGUAAUGACCUCUAUGAUGGUAGCUAUGACGACCCUUCUGUGCCAUUGCUGGGGCAAGUGAAGGAAAAACUUCCCUAUGGCAAGACUCCCGUGGUGAUGGUGGAUGAGAUUAUGAGCUCCAGCCCUCCCAAGUUCACCUUCCCUGAGGCUGGCCUGCGUAUCAUGAUCACCAACAAGUUUGGGCCCAGAACCCGACUACGGAUGGCCAGCAGGAUCAUAAUUAAUGAGCGACAGAGGUUGAUCAACUCGGCCAAUGGUGUUAAUAGCAAGCCACUGCAGAAUGGGAGACAGGAGAACAUGGAGAAUGGGAAUGUUCCUGUGGAGAACCCUGAAGACCCACAGCAGGGCCAGGAGCAGCAGCCGCCACCACAGCCGCCACCUCCAGAACCAGAGACAGUAGAGACAGUCUUCCUGUCCCCAUUCUCAAUGCCUGAGGCAAAAGGCGACAAGGCUAAGUGGGUGUUCACUUGGCCCCUCAUCUUCCUCCUCUGCGUCACCAUCCCCAACUGCAGCAAGCCCCGCUGGGAGAAGUUCUUCAUGGUCACCUUCAUCACGGCCACGCUGUGGAUCGCUGUGUUCUCCUACCUCAUGGUGUGGCUGGUGACUAUUAUCGGAUACACUCUUGGGAUCCCUGAUGUCAUCAUGGGCAUCACCUUCCUGGCAGCAGGCACAAGUGUUCCAGACUGCAUGGCCAGCUUGAUUGUGGCAAGACAAGGACUUGGAGACAUGGCAGUCUCUAACACCAUCGGAAGCAAUGUCUUUGACAUCCUGGUGGGGCUUGGCAUCCCGUGGGGCCUGCAGACCAUGGUUAUUAAUUAUGGAUCCACAGUGAAGAUCAACAGCCGGGGACUGGUCUAUUCCGUGGUGCUGUUGCUGGGGUCCGUCGCUCUCACUGUUCUUGGCAUCCACCUCAACAAAUGGCGCCUGGACCGAAAGCUAGGCAUCUACGUGCUGGUCCUGUAUGCCGUCUUCCUGUGCUUCUCCAUAAUGAUAGAGUUUAACGUCUUUACCUUCGUCAACUUGCCCAUGUGCCGAGAAGACGAUUAAAGCUGAGCUGUUGCCCAGAAAAGAAACUGCUGUGGCCACCAUGAUGCUGGCAUCCUCUCUCUCUCCUUCUCCACACAGGUCUCUCCUGCCUUGGCAGCCACUGUCAAUUCUUUCAUGAGCUGGAAGGACGGGCCACCAUGGUCUUUGUCCGGUCAUGGGCCAGGCUGCUGGGUAUCUGUCCCUACAUGGCAGGGUCCAGGCAUCAUUUCAGCAACUCCACAGACUCUUGGCUGCCGGCUGCGGGGAUGCAUCAUGUCUCUUCUCUCUUGCACACUUUAGUCAACAGGACUUCUGUGUGCUGUUUGUCUUUCUGUCCCAUGGGCAACCUCAGAAAUGAGUCAGUCAGUGAACGUGAGGUGUCCUAGAUGAGUGCAAAGUAGGACUAUGGUUGGCAAGUAUCAACUCUGGGCCUGGAGAAAGCAGAUUGUGUCACGAUGAGCAUCCGACUCUGCUGGGAACACUGGAAACUUGGAAGAGACAAGGCAUUCACCUGCAGGGAAUUGAGACCACUGCAGUUAUAGGAAAAAUAGGAAGAGUGGAAGCAUUAUUUCCCAGUAGAAGAGAGAAAAGCAAGCAAAUACUGUUAUCCUUUUUAUUGACACAUUCUGAAAAUGAGCAAUGAAAUAUUAAAAAUAAAACGUCACAUGUAGAUCAUCAUACUUGAAGAAUAUCAUUCCACACAAAAGGAAAGGAUCAUUGACAGGGACCAAAAAGGUUACCCUUGGAGAAAAAAAAAAUGAAUCCUUUGUGUGUCAUCUUGUGCUGGCUCCGAGACAAUUUGGUUUGGAAUAUAGCAAAAGGUGGACGACCACACAGAAACAGGUGCUAACUCAGAGACACAGUGCGGAAUAUAGUCACAGCUACACAUUUCAGACCUUAGGAUGCCAUGCACCGCCCUGCAGGUUUGCACCGUCUCUGUUAAUGCUCUGCUUUCAAAACUGCCCCACUGAAAAACCCAGUUGUUUAUAUUCCCAACCAAUUGCAGAAGCAAUGGCUAAUGACGAGAAGAGAGUGCCCACAAAUCACUCUCCUGCUUGGCCGAAGCCAAGUGUGAAAAGCAUACCUUAGAAUUUUUAGAGCUAAGUCUUUUCAACUUCAGAGUUUGCUACACAUGCAAGGCCAGGGAUGGGAGAUGGACCCAAACAGGGGCAAAUAUGAAACAAUGUUUGACUGCUUCAUAGCUCUGAAAUCUCUGUGUAACAGAUUCAUGACUAUAAACCAUUCCUGGGUUCUAAUGAGAAAGCACAAAUUAAUUUUAUAUAGUGAGGUUUUUAUUUUUUUAAUGUUUCUAUUGCAAAAGUCUAUCGGGUCUGAUGCACUUUGAAUACUGAGAUAUUUUGCACAGUAGAAGGCAUGGGAAUGAGCCAGGGUAAUGAGUUUAGUGAUUUUAACCUUGGUGGCUACUGUAAAUCCAGCAGCUGAGUCCUUCUGGGCCUAUGGUGGAAUCUGUAGUGAUGUUCUCUAAAUUUCAAGGGACAAAGUGUUCAAGCUUGUGUUCCCUUAACCAGAACUAUGAUAAGACCUCACUCCCAUUGCCCAGCCUUCAAUUCAGGGUUCACAUCAGUAUUAGUAGCUCAACUGAGUCAAAGCUUUGCUUUUUGUCUAUCUGGAUAAGUUUGGUGGCCUUCAGAGUGAGACUGCAGAUUUCCCUUAAAAAGAACGGCUAAGCUUGAGUGAAGGAGCCUGAAGGUGCCUCAGUAUAAACUCAGCUGCAAGAGGCUUCAGGGUUGCUCUAAGCCCUAGCAGCUCAUACACACACACACACACACACACACACACACACACACACACACCCCUCCACCUCCCUUUCACAGGCACAUGCUAGCUCUGAGUGCUUCUCUCUCCCCUUUGAGCCUCCUAACUGCUCUGUGAUGUAAAUUUGGAUUUACAUCAUUUCAUCAGCAAUUAACAUCACGUGGAUCUAGUUUAGCUUCAGGAUGUAGCAGAGCUGGGGCCAAAGGUUCCCAUCACCGAGUCUCCAUUUAGCUAGUACACCUGAUUGGCCAGCCUGGCCCAGUGGUAUGAGUGUGAUUUUGCCCUGAGUGGAGAUGUAGGAAUCUUAUUUCUUGGGUCAAAACCAACCUCUCAGAAUAUUAAAUUUACCCAGAAGUUUCCCAAAUCAUAUUCUAAUAGCUGCCCUUUUUGAAUAUCCCUGUUUUUCCCUGAAAAAAAAAAAAAAAAGACCAAAUGCUAAUGUUUAGAUGUUGUUAAGGCACAAGCCACAGGCUCUGAGGGUCCGCACUGUGUUUUGAUCCUCUGAGUCCUCGUAUAGCUUUUCAGAGACCAUCCCAGCUGCCUUCCCCCUCCUUCAGGAUUUGCUGGAAGCUAGAAAAUGUCUCACAACUGCAGUUAGAAACGGAAAAUUAUGCUUUGAGCAUGUAGGGCACACCUCUUACUAGUUUUCUUUGGUCUUUAUGUGCCAAUGUCCUCAAAGGCUCUGGGCAUCUCUCAUAUCUAGGAAACUACAGGCUGUAAAAAGUAAGUAAAAAGUUCUCUGUUUAACUAAAUAAUUUUUCCUCAUGAGUUUAAAGAUUCAUUUGGUAAUAUAGGCUUUUGUUUUUAAAAACAUCCUUCCAUUACUAUACAGAAUUACUUUCUUUGUUUUAUCCCUAAAGCUAAAUUAGCAUGGUGUAAUUACUUCUGCUACAAAAAAAAAAAGUUAAAAAAAAUACACUUAGCUUUUUUUCUCUUCAGAGGCAGAAAAACAAGCACACUGCUGUGUUCAAAUGGAAGGUGUCUGUCUCUCUCCCGACCUCUGUCCUCCCUGAAUCCUUUACAGGACUGAGGUGGGGCAGCCUGUGGACAGAGACAAUGGGGACUAAGAGGGGCUUGGAUCAUUUCUUCUGGGAAAGCAAGAGAGAGUCCAGAAUAGCACUGGAGGCUGCUCUCUGUAGCCUCCCCCUCCCCUGGGUGUAAGAUUGGGCUGCUCUUGUCCCAUACCAUGUCAGUGGCCUUCUAGCCUACCUUGGCUUGUCUCCCCGGGAAGUCAGCAGCGAAUAGCAGACACUUUUGAACCCACCAAGACGCUGAUGUCCACCUACACACUACCCCAAUCCUGCCUAGGCCCUGGGGGAAGGCGUGGUCCUCUCUUUACCGCCUGCCUCCCCUCCUUUGUAAGAUCCCCUUGUAAAUGGAUGGAAAAGAUGGCUGCGUCUUGGUAGGUGCAUAGGGGACAAAGAACUUGCUGGUUAGAGUUAAAAAUUCCCGGGAGAUUGAAUCCAUCAGCCAGGUUCUAGAUACAUGCCAGAGGUGCUCUGAUGUCUCCCAACACAAUCUCCACAUGGGGUCCUCCGUCUCUGGGGCAGUGAGCAGAUGUAUCCAGGACACAUCCUGAGGGGACCCAUACCUGGGGAUGGCUCAGAUGCCAUGUCGUGUCCAUAGAAACUUGUAGAAAAUUUUGAAAAUGCUCUCUAGUUAACUCUUGAGUGACAAGAAGUCCUGAUUCCUACCAGUUGACUAAGGCCCUGCCUCCCUGAGCCCAGCUCCCUCUGUCCUGUAUAGACUUACUCAGAGAGCACCCUGCUUUCUCCAGGUGUGAACACUCCAUCUUGGUUCUCUGGUCUCUGCAGCUUGUCACACCCCAUGAGCCCCUCAAGGGUCAUACCCCAACUAGACUUCCUCAAAAGUCUAGAGCAGCAGUUCUCAACCUGUGACUAUCAACCUCUUUGGGGGGAUCAAACAACAUUUUUACAGGGGUCACCUAAAACCAUCAGAAAACACAGAUAUUUACAUUAUGAUUAAUAACAAUAGCUAAAUUACGGUUAGGAAGUAGCAACAAAAAUAACUGUAUGGUUGGGGGUCACCACAAGAUGAGGAGCUGUAUUAAAGGGUCGCAGCGUUAGGAAGGGUGAGAGCACUGCUCUAGGGAAGGGGCUCUUCCUAUUUUCUAGGCAACUCUCCCCACUGUCGGUUAUGUGGGCUCAGGAGAGAGGCUUUCAUGGGCUCUACCCACAGGGCAGAGAAGAGGGCACUCUGAAACACAGCCAGCCUUCUUCCUGUCUUGCUUGCGUAAGGCUUUGCCUUGCUGCAGAGCAUUGGUGCCUGAAAGGCAUAUUCCCAGGGCACAGCCAGCAGAGUGGUCCAUGUUUGGUUUUUCUGAAGCCACAGCAUCAUCUACAAAGUUCACGUACAUGAAGCAUGCAGUCAUGUUACCAAAUAUAGUGUACUCACACACACACACACACACACACACAUAUAUAUAUACAUAUAUGUAUAUAUACUAUAUAUUCCCCCCACCAAAAAAAAAUCUAAUAUUUUAAGUAAGUUUACAGUUUGGUGUGGCUCGGGGCUGUAUGUCGGAUACUCCUGAUGGUUAUUUUUUGAUAAAAAAAGCAGCCUCAACCUGGGUGCUAGCCUUGUGAUUCGCUUCAAGUCUGAUUUGGGACAAUGUCCCGGCAUCACAGUGCAAUACAAGCAAAUGCAUGUCUUCAUGCAGUUGGGAAAAGGGGCACUUUUCUCCACCUCUGCCACCCAGGAGGAGCUAUCAUUUUAGGAAAGCCAGCUGAGUGGCUUAGGAGCUUUGGUUAGCCCCAGGGCGGGGGAGGGGAGUCCGUUAAGCAUUAUAGCUUUUCAACCAUUUUUGCCUUCCAGUUCCCACGCAGCGCUGCUGAACCCUCAAAUACUCACACACACCCGCAUACCCACUUCUGCACUGCUAGGGAGUCAGGGCUCCCCAUUGAGGUGUCUUUCACCCUGUGUCUCUUAAACUCUUCUUCUAUUCCCACUGUUUCCGGUCCAGUUGUCCAAGUUGGAUAGCUUCCUCUACUCUCCUCAGCAGGGCUGAAAUCGAAUCUCCUCUGGUGUGCCCUGGUGUAGUCCUAGGGCUCUGGGAAGCGUUGAGCACACAGUCUACUUCUGUGAAGGUCAAGGCUGUGGCUGUGUGGCUUGUCUAUCCGUUACAUUGACAGGGUUUGCCUACUCCUUGUUAAAACCCAGGAUACAUGCCAGCAUGACCCACAGCUCUUCCCACAGUACUGCCAAAAUUCGAGCAGUGGUUGGCUAGGCACAAUGCUGGUUGGGGUUUUUCCAUCCGUGAGUUCAAGAAAAUCCUUAAUCCUGGAGAGAGCCUGGGCCUUCCCUACUCCAUCCUUAGAAAACAAGUUUAUUUGUUGCUGUUUUUAGCUAUUAAUAGAAGAGACCAUGUGGCUUUUGGUUUGUUGUGAUCAGCUUUACUCUACUAAGGAAGGGUCCAAGACAACACUCACCCCUCAUCACUCUAGAAUUCCCAACAAGGAAGUUUUGGGGUCCACUCCAGAGGAAACACAACAGUCCUCUUCCAAUAGGACUUUCCUACUUCUGAAUAUGCCUGGGACCGAGACAGGGUCACUCUGUUCAACUAAGGGAAGUGCUCUGUUGGGGGGGGGUUCUCACUGCUGGGUGUCCUGCCUCAGUUUGAGCCACUACCCCUCUGAGCUGUGGACCCUGUGAAUAUGCUCUGGCUUCUUCCACUUGACCUACCCCAAGUUCAUUUGGGGACCCAGAAGACAAAGCUGUGGCUGAUCCACAGUGGCUGACUUUUGGGGAUCUCCAGUCUGUGGAGGGUUGGCUGUUCGUCUGUGAGCCUGGAUGUACCAUUCAGAGCACUCACUCCUGGCAGGGUGCUCUCCCCCGUGUCUCCAAAGUCCUUCCUGAUGUCUGAUACAAAGGCAGCUUUGAUCACCCUGAGGCAACAGAAGGCUGCCAGCCAGCUGUGCCAGCUGCGCCAGAUCCGGGGCAGAGGUCGGACCGCCAAGGCAAGCUGGGCGUGAAGAGGCCAGGAACAUCCAAGAUGCCAAGGGCCAGGCUGGGCACAGUUUCCCCAGGGCAUUUGGACCUUUUCUCAACAGAGCCUCGACUUACCAGGUCACAGGCAGAUGGAAACAGAGGAGUCUUGAAAGAGCCUCCUUAAAAACACUCCAAACCAAGAACUUGUGAGGCCAUCCAUCCGCCACCGAGUGCCCACAAGACAUCCGCGUAGCAUGCCAGGCUGAGCACUGCUAUCUUUGUUCAUUCUCUAACAGGCAGAGCAGGAGCAAGGAGUUGGAAAGCUGUAAAUAAUAAAUAUAUUUAUGCCGCUAUUUAUUUUUUCAAUAACUGUGACCUCCUGCACUGUGAAUGCUCUGUGAUAUGAGAUUCUUAGUUUAAUAAAACUGUCAUUAAAUUUGAA